CGCCAUCCCCACGCUGCUCUGGGCCCAGCUCCCCAGCGGCCCCUGGAGAGCCCGCGAUCGAGAGGAGACCUCCGAGCUGCCUAGACAGGACCCGGAAGUGCGCGCCAGGGAGCCCGAGGUUCCAGUGGUGCCCGGAGGCCGAGGUGGCCGCCGCUGCGCGAUGACUGCCCGUCGGUCGUGCAGUACUCUGAAGAAAUUUUAGAAGAGGUCACGGCCUUGGAGCAGCACCGGGGAUUGGACCCAGCCCAUGGAGAAGCUGCGUGAGCAGAUGUCCUCGGAGUCCCUGUGCCCAUCCUCUGUGCAGGAGCCCCGACGGAGCAAGGAUGAGAAAACUGACACCCAGGAAGCAGAAGUAACUUACCCAGGGUCAUCCUGCUGGUAAUGGCAGAGCUGGAAUUCGAAUUCAGAUCCGCUUGGUUCCCAAUCGCUCCCACCCCCAUCCCAUUCCGUGCACGGAUUCCAAGAGCCUGCAAGUUCCUGUCUUCUUUUCAUCCCUGAAUUGCUCCCACCAGCCUAAGCUGAGCAUGGGGCGUCCGGUGGUGCUGACUUUAGACAACAAGGACAUGAAGGGGUUCACAUGGGCCAUAGCUCCGGCCUUGACCUCCUUGGGCUACCUGCUCAUACUGCUGGUCUCCAUCUUUCCUUUCUGGGUACGGCUUGUAAACGAGGAGUCCCAUGAAGUGUUUUUCAGUGGCCUGUUUGAGAACUGCUUCCAUAUCAAAUGCUGGAAGCCUCGACCCUUAUCAGUGUACAUCAUUCUCGGCCGUGUCUUCCUGCUGUCUGCAGUUGUCCUGUCUUUCCUUACUACCUUCAUCCUGGUGUCCUUUGCAUCUCAGCUGUUUCCAAGGACCCGGAAGCACAAUUUGGUGUCGGCCUUCAUCAGCUUCCUCACAGGCUGGCCAAGGCCCUACCCUGGGAGGCUCCCAUCACAUGGAGGAGGUGGAACGCUCACAGUGGGAAAAUCAGGGGUCUGUGCCUUCCUGGCCUUGUUGCUGCAUGCCCUGGAGAUCCAGAAUCUGAGGAUGAAGCCCAACCCCCCCCAGUUCUCCGUACAGUGGCCUUACUACGUCCUUGGCUUUGCCAUUCUUCUGUUUAUAGUGGCUGGUGCCAUCUGCCUCUUUCAAGAAACAGCCUGCCUUGGCUGCCAUUUGUUGCCCAACUCCCAGAGUAUGGAGGAGACCCAAGGGGUCCCACACCUGGAGAAUCUGGAGAGUUUGGGAGGAGAACUGAGCUCAAUACAAAAGGAGACACUGCUGAAGGAAGAAACAAUUAUCUAGUCCAGGAGAGCAUCCUCCACCUGUCAUCCGCUGUGUGAGUGGAUUUGUGGAGGCCCGAGUGGCAGCCAAUCUCUGUGGCUUCUGUUGAACUUCCUGAGUGUCACUUCCCCACACUCACAGUGAUUCUGUCUGGCUUGUAUUUGCAAUUUGGUAAAAGUUUUUUUGAAUUA